GGAAGUGUUUGAGGAAGUGGCGCUCGGCUGGUGGGUUUGAGAUUCCCGCAUUUUAAUGUCGUCUGGGUGGCGCCCGCGCCCCGCCGCCAGAGUUAGCAGGACAUCAGUAUGAGCUGGUCACCUUCCCUGCCAACCCAGACAUGCGGGGCCUGGGAAAUGAAAGAACGGCUUGGGACAGGGGGAUUUGGGAACGUCAUCCGAUGGCACAAUCAGGAAACGGGCGAGCAGAUCGCUAUCAAGCAGUGCCGGCAGGAGCUUAGUCCCCGGAACCGCGAGCGCUGGUGCCUGGAGAUCCAGAUCAUGAGGAGGCUGAACCACCCCAACGUGGUGGCCGCCCGGGACGUCCCCGAGGGCAUGCAGAGCCUGGCUCCCAACGACCUGCCCCUGCUGGCCAUGGAGUACUGCCAGGGAGGGGACCUGCGGAAGUACCUGAACCAGUUUGAGAACUGCUGUGGCCUGCGGGAAGGAGCCAUCCUCACCUUGCUGAGCGACAUCGCCUCUGCACUUAGAUACCUUCACGAAAAUAGGAUCAUCCAUCGGGAUCUAAAGCCAGAAAACAUCGUCCUGCAGCAAGGGGAACAGAGAUUAAUACACAAAAUUAUUGACCUAGGAUACGCCAAGGAGCUGGACCAGGGCAGUCUGUGCACUUCCUUUGUGGGGACUCUGCAGUACCUGGCCCCUGAGCUGCUAGAGCAGCAGAAGUACACGGUGACCGUGGACUACUGGAGCUUCGGCACCUUGGCCUUCGAGUGUAUCACGGGCUUCCGGCCCUUCCUGCCCAACUGGCAGCCCGUGCAGUGGCACUCCAAAGUCCGACAGAAGAGUGAGAUGGACAUCGUGGUGAGUGAGGACCUGAACGGAGCUGUGAAGUUCUCCAGCUCGUUACCCCACCCGAGCAACCUCAACAGCGUCCUGGCCCAGCGGCUGGAGAAGUGGCUGCAGCUGAUGCUGAUGUGGCACCCCCGACAGAGGGGCACCGACCCCGUCUACGGGCCCAAUGGCUGCUUCAAGGCCCUGGACGACAUCUUAAACUUGAAGCUGGUUCACGUCUUGAACAUGGUCACGGGCACCAUUCACACCUACCCCGUGGCAGAGGACGAGAGUCUGCCUAGCUUGAAGGCCCGGAUCCAGCAGGACACAGGCAUCCCCGAGGAGGACCAGGAGCUGCUGCAGGAAGCGGGUCUGGCCUUGACCCCCGACAAGCCCGCCGCUCAGUGCACCUCCGACGGCAAGCUGAACGAGGGCCGCACCCUGGACAUGGAUCUCGUUUUCCUCUUUGACAACAGCAGGGUCACCUAUGAGACCCAGAUCUCCCCACGGCCCCAGCCGGAAAGUGUCAGCUGUAUCCUGCAAGAGCCCAAGAGGAGCCUCCCGUUCUUCCAGCUGAGGAAGGUGUGGGGCCAGGUCUGGCACAGCAUCCAGGCCCUGAAGGAGGACUGCGGCCGCCUGCAGCAGGGCCAGCGCGCUGCCAUGAUGAAUCUGCUCCGGAACAACAGCUGCCUGUCCAAGAUGAAGAAUUCCAUGGCCUCUAUGUCUCAGCAGCUCAAGGCCAAGCUGGAUUUCUUUAAAACCAGCAUCCAGAUUGACCUGGAGAAGUACAGUGAGCAGAAAGAGUUUGGGAUCACGUCAGACAAGCUGCUGCUGGCCUGGAGGGAGAUGGAGCAGGCCGUGGAGCUCUGUGGACGGGAGAACGAGGUGAAGCAGCUGGUGGAGCGGAUGAUGGCGCUGCAGACGGACAUCGUGGACCUGCAGCGCAGCCCCGUGGGCCGGAAGCAGGGCGGGACGCUGGACGACCUAGAAGAGCAGGCGCGGGAGCUUUACCGGAGGCUGAGGGAGAAGCCCCGAGACCAGCGAACUGAUGGCGACAGUCAGGAAAUGGUACGGCUGCUCCUGCAGGCAAUCCAAGGCUUUGAGAAGAAAGUGCGAGUGAUCUAUACGCAGCUCAGUAAGACUGUGGUCUGCAAGCAGAAGGCUCUGGAGCUGCUGCCCAAGGUGGAGGAGGUGGUGAGCCUAAUGAGCGAGGACGAGAAGACUGUGGUUCGGCUGCAGGAAAAGCGACAGAAGGAGCUCUGGAACCUGCUGAAGAUCGCCUGCAGCAAGGUGCGAGGUCCCGUCAGUGGAAGCCCGGACAGCAUGAACACAUCCCGCCUGAGUCACCCCAGCCAGCUGCUCUCUCAGCCUUGCCCAGCCCCUGACAGCUUACCCGGGGCCACCAAGAAGAGUGAAGACCUCGUGGCUGAAGCACACACCCUGUGCACCCGGCUGGAAAACGCCCUGCAGGACACCAUGAAGGACCAGGACCAGAGCUUAAGGUCUCUAGACUGGAGCUGGUUGCAGUCGGGGGAGGAGGAGAAGCCUGGAGCGGGCCUCCUGAUGGUGGGCGGCCCUGACCCUGCCGGGCUGCCUGGCCCGAGGCCCCCGGGGCCCCGCCGCGUCGCGUCCAGUGUUCUCGGCACCCAGAUGGAGAUCUCGCUUCCCCAGCAGCCAUGACCAUCACCGUGGACCGAGGAUGCAGCCCUCCGGGGCAGUGCCAGCAGCUUGUCUGCACGCUGGACGUCCUCCGCCACAGAGGCCCAGCAGACGUGGACGCCGAGCACGGUGUCUGGGGAGAUGGAGACACGGCAGCCACUGCCUCUGAGCGGAGAGAAGUGCUCCGAGUACGGUGGCUCCACAGACCACUGGCCACACGUCUAACUGACUUUUAGGGCGAAGUAUGAACGGCACUUGGUGCUAGCUGUCCUCUCCUGACCCCUCCUGAUCUCCAGAGGCCUCAUCCACCUGUCUUCAUAGCUAAGGUUUAAUCUGGAUCCGGCUUCUCUUGAAACCGUGGAUUCAGCCCAGCCCGGUCCUCCCUCCUCUUCUGACUUCACGGCUGCUAACGUUUUCCUUCUGCCUUCGACCUUGGGCCAGGCUGGGUGAGUGCUGCUUUCCCCAUCCGGAGUCUCUCCAGCCAGAGUGAGUCGCUGGUGCCAGGAGGGGAGAGCAUCUCCCUUCCUGUGGGUCCCAGAGAGUCCCCGGGAGCAAGCUGCCAUGGAGAAGAAGGAAAGAAGAGGAAGGUGUCUGUCAACCACCAGCUUGCUGACCCCUGUGCCCACACCCCCUGCCCCUGGGUGUGGCAGGGUGCACGGGGCAGUUCCCAUCCCUCGUAUCAUCCAGCGGUAUUAUUAAAUGGAUUUCUAUUUAAAAAACAGAUUCUCUAUUUUGUAACAUGACUCAAAUCCCACCGUCUAUUUUUAUAAUACCUCUGGUUGGGACUUCGGAACUCAAAGCCCAGCUUUAAUGGAAAGUUUUAUGAAAGUGAAUAUGGUGCCGGAUCAAACAGUGCUAGAGCACCAGCACCGCCUCUGUGACGUUUCACAAAAGCUGCUCCUUCCUAUAAUAGCAGGAGAGCAAAGUGAGUUCAGAUGAUAACAAACAGGCAAGUUUGGUUGGAGAAGAAAGUGGGACGAGAAGAGUUUCACAGAGUGCCUUCCGUGGAGGCGGUACAGUGGGUUCUGUGUCAGGGAAGUUUGGGAAACGCUUCAUGCUUUAACUGCCUCUUGGAGAUUCACCUUGUGCACUGGUUUAUUAAAGAAUCUGAAAGAUCUAUAAUAAUAAACUGGCUUAA